AUGGCGGCGCAGCGCUGGGCGUGCUGGGUAAUGGUAACGGGGGCCCGGGGGGCGGGGACCCUUGGACCAGCCUCCUCCCCGCCAUCGUGCCCCGGGCCACACGGGGAGCGGGGCGGGGUUGGGCGCCCCGGGGAAGCGCGACUGGCUCCGCUCCGCUCCCUCCUCCCCCCUGCCCCGGCCCUGCCCCGCCUCACCUCAGAUCACCUCGCGCCUGCCCCUCGCAGUGCCCGGGCCGCGCCGCGGCAGCCCCCCCUCCUCGCCUCAGGCUCUCCAGAGGAGCGCAGGCUGCAGCGCCGUGGCCCGUGCCAUGUCCCGUUCCUCGCCCCGCGCUUCUCCCCCCCCGUCCCGCACCGCCUCUGCCCUUGUGUCCGGGGCCCUCCAGCCCCGGGUGCCGGGCUCGCGGGCCGUGCUGCUGGCGCCGUCCCGGGGUGGGCGGCGUGCCCCGCAGAGCCCGCUGGUGUGCCCCCUGAUUGUCCCCCGCCGUCCUGCCGUAUCACCUGCUGGACGGGGUGCCCAACUCCACGGCGCCAACUUGGCUGUGCCUCUGACUGCUCCAGCGCUGCUCUCGCAGCUUCCCGUCUGCAGACGCUGACAUCCGCGGGUCCUUCGGCCCUUCUUCCCCCAACGAGCAGCCUUGGGCCCUGCCCUUGA